AUGUGCAGGUCUAGCGGACUAGCGCGGAUCAGGUCACGAUCGUUAAGACUCGCGUCUGGCGAUCUCGGUCAGCAAGAUGUGACCUGGAUGACCAUUGAGCCGGGACCGCCCCGGAAGUCGCGACACGCGAAUUACCUGAAGGAAGCGGAUCUCGCCCUCAAGUGCCCGCAGUGCGGCCGGGGUUACAAGGUCAAGCCCAGUCUGUCGAAGCAUUUGAAGUACGAGUGCGGCGGUCGCAGGAACUUCUCCUGCGAGCUGUGCGGGCGGAGUUUUACGCAGAACGUUAGUCUACGCCGUCACCUGAUGCAGAGCCACAACUUUUUUAAGCCGCCGAGGAAGCCGUGUGGCCGGAAGAUCGUCAAAUCCACAAAUACAGAGUACAUAUUACCUAGUAGCAAACGUAAUAAUAAAUCAGUCACAACGAGACGUCAUAAUCCUGUUAUAUUUUUUUAUGCAUUUAAAGUAUUUAUUAUUAUUAUUAUCACGGCGCACACGCCGUUUUCUAAUUUUCUUCUCGGCGCCGUCUUAUGCCGGGAACUUCAUAUUACUACUACAUAUAACAAAUCCAAAUUCUCGGAAUUCCUGAAGUCGCCGACGUCACCCGCGACCGCGGUUGACCUCACCAUCGCCAAUUCGGUUCCCUUAAACCCCAACUUGCUUCCGCUGCAUCUAUCGAUGUCAUCCGUGCCUGUGUCUGUAACGCCUAUAGCUCCUGUCGCGCCUGUGACGCAGGACUCGCACUGGAGGUUGCAGGACUCCAAGACGUACGUGUGCCCUGAUUGCGGCAAAGGUCUGUCCCACCGAUACACCCUGGAGCGCCAUCGCAGGACCGUUUGUGGCAAGAUACGCAAUACUAAGGGCAAAUGGAAGUGUAAUUUUUGUACCAGGAGAUACGAAUCCUUGGGGAGCCUGUCACGUCAUAACAGAUUCGAAUGCGGUGUGCCGCCCAAGUUUUUCUGCAUUUUCUGCCCCAAGAGGUUCACCCAACAAUGCAGCCUGAGCAGACAUUUGAAAAAGAUACACAUCGAUAAGACAAACAAACAAUAUCAGUAAUCAGUCGCGUUGAAAUCGAUGCGCUCUUCAAAGUAGACCAACAACAACGCUGCUUCAGAAUAAACAACAAUUCGCAUGGGGUACGAUCGCGCGAGAAGAUUCCGUGCGGCGCCGGAAAUGGCGUUGCUACGUUUAUUCUUGCCAAGAAAUCCGUAGAAGAUCAGAAGAAGAACGACGAGUUGUUGUGUUAAAUAAUCAAGCGAUCAAAUGAACAUCAGUAGUUACUGUAGCUUUGGAAAAAGUUUCUUUUUAUAAAAAACAAUUCUCGAGGGAAUUAAAAGUGAAAGAUUAAUUAUCGUUCAAAAAACUAUAUUAGGUAAAAGAGAUUAGGUGAAAAAAGUGCUGCUUUAGAAUAAGCAAUAGUUCCUUGAGAAAAAAAGAUUGAACAAAAUGAGCUUUAAAAUCGAUUAGGAAUUGAAUUUUUUCGCUGUUUGAGAAGAAAGCGAUUUCUCCGAAUAGUUUUGGAAUACGAAGAGGUUCCUCAUGAAGAAAGUUUUGUUAUAAUAAGCGUCCCAUGUCGUUACUAAUAAAAGGCUUUUCUCAAAUAAUCGCGUUCGGAUGAUUCUCGAGCGUGUUAGUUUUUAAGGAAAGUCGAUAAGAUUCACAUUCAAACUUUUAAGAAUAUCAACACUUUUAAGAAUAUCCUUUUUGUUAGAAACAAGAGUUCAGACGUUCGUUUCGGAAGGGAAAAUGCGAAUCAUUUGAAAAUGUUUCCUUUAAGUCAACACACUUUUUGGUUUUUACCAUAUGAAGAAUUACACGUGUGCAUUGCUGCUCAAUUUUUAACAUAAAAUGCAUACGUUAUCUUCUUACAUUAGAAAUACAAAUCUCUUGAUACCGAUAAUAUGUAUUUCUGCUUAUCAAUUUUUGUUAAUAAACAGCUUAAUAAAACAGGUUACACUCCUUAAUAUCGUGCACCUUUAUGUGCACCUUCCAAUUUUAAUCAAUUUUUUUUGCUUUAGCGCAGUAUCAAUUAUUGAUAUAGAUACACAAUCAUAAUUUACAAAUCUUAUCUUAAUAUAUUAAAAAUAUAAAAUGUAUAAAAUAAAAAAAAUUUUUAUUAUAUUUAUAUCUUUUUAAAUAUAAAAAUUUUUAUUGUGUAUGCAUUUAUACAUAUUACUACAGCUAUGAAUUUCUUGAACUAGAGAAUGAUUUUGAAAGUAGAAGCGAUAAGAGGUUUCUCGAAAUUCUGAACUGUAAUAGUAUGUAUUAAAUUGUAUUAAAAUUCUUUUUUAUCAAAUGUUUGACUUACAUAAUU